CAAAUUUUUUUUUCCCUGCCUUAAAGGCCAAUCACACCGUUACCUGAGAAGCAGCAAUCUUGGAAGUCAUCUACAUAUACCAAACCGCCAUUUAAUGGCGCCUCUAUGGUGACCGCAGACCGCAGAGUCUUCCAAAAGUAUCGUGAUUUUUCUCCUUCCUUCUCGUUUCCCAUAAAAGCGAACGAAACCCACGAACUUUCCCUAGAAAUAUUUUCCUUGAUGUUUUUCCCGGAAAAUCGAAAUGGGAAAGUGUGGAUUGUUUGAUCUAGAGAAGCACUUUGCCUUCUAUGGUGCAUACCAUAGUAACCCGAUAAACAUAGUAAUCCACAUGAUAUUUGUUUGGCCAAUCUUUUUCACUGCUCUUCUUCUUCUUUACUUUACUCCUUCUCUGUUUAACCUCAAGUUCUCUCUGUUCGGUUACGAUGCUUUUCUGCUUUUCAAUUUUGGGUUCUUGUUUGCUUUUAUCUAUGCUGUGUUUUAUAUCUGUCUUGAUGCGAAAGCUGGUUCCUUGGCUGCUCUGCUUUGUGCUUUUUGUUGGGUGGCUAGUAGUUUUCUGGCUCGCUGGCUUGGGUUUUCUCUUGCUUGGAAGGUUGUUCUGGUGGCUCAAAUUGUUUGUUGGACCGGACAGUUCAUCGGCCAUGGUGUCUUUGAGAAACGAGCACCAGCUCUUUUGGACAAUCUGACUCAAGCCCUUGUAAUGGCUCCCUUCUUUGUGCUCUUGGAGGCUCUUCAAGCAUUCUUUGGUUAUGAACCAUAUCCAGGAUUUCAUAAAAAUGUUCAAGCAAAGAUCAAAGCUGAAUUGAAUGAAUGGCAAGAGAAGAAGCAGAAGUUGCUCAAGUAAUUUAAAUAGUGGUUUGUGUGUGAUUUGCAUUAUUGAUCAGCAUAGUUCCUGUAACUUGAAGAAACUAAAUUAGACUACACUUAUUUUCUAUAUAAAUAUGAAUGUUCAGAAUUAUUA